CUUUGGACGCUGGACGAGGCGCACGCUCCAUAAGAACCAACUGUACCACGCGGUUUUCACGCGUUACCAAUAUAACUGCAAAAGUUUUACGUGUGUGUCUAUGUGUGCGUAUUCACAGAGACAUAUGUGAAGAUCACAAAAGCCGGACGAAAUGUGAGUGACUGAAAAGCGGCAAGCCGGUAUAAUACUAAAUACUCUAUACUCCUGCGUGUUGUAUCCGUAAUUCUCCAGACACCGUUCAUCGUCGAUCGUUGAUCGUUUUUGAAUGAAUCAACGGUGAUGAAUUAACGGGAAGUCUUUUGAGGAAAACAUAAAUUAUUGAUCUGUUUAAUAAUUUAAAUUUCAUUUCAUUAUUCGUCCCAAGUGAUCCAAUCCGUCUUUAUCAUCUUCAUCUUCUUUAUUUUUGGUGUGAAUUCUCCAGCUCUGUAACGGUUUCACUUACACUGGCUGUUACAAUUGUAAGUAGACUGUAAACUGUAUGCAGCCUAACGAAUAAAAGGUGACGACAUGUAUUAGGAAGGAAGUGGUUCACCAAGAGGAUGAUAUGAAAGCAAUAACGGAGCGCUGCUAAAUUCAAAACAGAAAACAGAAAACGGAGAUGAGAAUUAUUUAAAUGCCGGUAUUGAAUGAUUUUAUUGGUAAUAAUGAUAAUGAAAAUGAUCAAUUGAAACUCUGAGAUCGACAACAAGUCCUUGAUAAAUCGUCUGUUGCUAAGCAUGCUGGUGAAUUCCUUUGCUUGAAUGAGACAAACUUUUGGACGGCUGACGUGUGGGAAAUCAGGGUAACUGCUGAUGUUGGUCGACCCGAUGCUGGUACUCAUCAACAUCAACCGGUGUCUGGUGAAGUCGAGUGGAAGCGGGGAUUUAUAACCACCACGGGAUGGAAAAUGAUGCACCGAUUGUGGAUUUAAGGAGAUUGCUUUAUUAAACGGAGAUAGUGAUGGUUUUUAGAUAAGCAGAGCUUUGGAAUUUUAUUGGAGAAGAGGAAGUGGUUAGGCCGACAGACACGUGGUGGCAAUUUUUGUUUUUAGUUCGGAACUGGUUGAUUAGUGGGCUUCAAGCUUUGUGGAGUGAUCGUUUUUAAUGUGCUAAUUAGGCAGUGGGUUAUUUUUGGAGAUAUGGUUUUUAAAUUCGAGGACGUGAGGGUGUCGAAGGACCGUAGAUGUGUUUUGCAGUAUCCUCCACUGUGUUAAUUUCUAUGCUGUCAAAUUUUAUCGGCACGACCUGGGGUUGCGACGGGGUAGCUCAUAAAUCUACCUUGGUCACCGAAGAAAAACCAGGACAAUCAUCAACUUCAUCUCCUACACUAGAAGACUCAUCAUCAUCAAAAAUUUUGUACUCUCUGGCUGUUGAACUAAACGCAGCCGAAUGCGCGGUUGGUGAUGUGAGGCUGGAGUUCGCCUCACGCCUGGGGUGAUGCCCUCCAGUGAGCCCCAUCCCCCUCAGUACCACCUGCCGCACCACACGAUUCCGCCGUCCCUCCAGCACACGUCAACCUCCUCAGUUCUCGAGCAGCACCAGCAGCUCUACCAGCAACUAGUGGCGGCCCACCACCAGAGCCACCAAGCCCAACAGAGUUCUCAAAAUCAGCAACACGGCGUUACUUUUCAAAAUUCCGCGUUCCCGCACCCGAAACAGGAGAUGAGCCCGGAGGAGGAGGGCGGCCGAGGCGCCGGGUCCCCUCCGGCGGCCGGGGCUGCGCUUCAGCAACCCCACCACCCGCGAACAGCCAGUCCGCCUUCCGGAACCGAGCCCUGCACUCGGGACGCGAUUCCUACCCCCACACCCACCGCAGACACCACCAACUCUACCUCGGCGGUACAACUAACUGGAACUGGGACCGCCGGGUCCACCAUGACACUCCAGUCGCAGUCGCAGGGGCCGAGUCCGAGCCCCAGCCCCACCGGCGGUGACGUCGAGAAGUUCGACGGGAAGAUCGUCUACAAUCCAGACGGCUCCGCUUACAUUAUCGAGGGCGAGAGCGACCUCAGCGAGGACGAGCCAUCACUUCCUGACGGCUGUAUCGUUGACGGCCGGGGGAUUUCCGUCUCCCACUCCCUUGUCUUUCCGCAAAUCGCGAGCGCCUUCUACGUCUCGAGGCUGUACGCCCACCAGGCCUACCAGCAGCAGCAGCAACAGCAGCAACAAAGGACCCAGUCCUCGCACAAUCCUGACCUCCCGGUGAUGCACAGUUACCGAGUAAUCAGCUACAGAAGCGCGGAAGGGACCAAGCAGACGAUACAGACGCCAGCCCCGCCUCCACCCUCAACUUCGGUUCCAGUAAAGCCGAUCCUGAUGUGCUUCAUCUGUAAACUAAGCUUCGGAUACGCCAAAAGCUUCGUCGCUCACGCUCAGGGCGAGCACCAGUUGACGAUGACUGAUGACGAAAGGCAGGUGCUCUCCCAUGCCACCACUUCCGCGAUUAUCCAAGCAGUGGGACGAGGCAAGCAGCCGGUGGUGAGCUUUCUUGAACCGGUCACCAGCGCCCAGACCUCCGCAGUGACCUCCUCUUCGCAAACCGCGCCGAGAAUCAGCGCCAUUGGAAGCAACAGCACCACCACCACCAUCACCAGCAACAAUGAUAACAUCGAACACGAAACGCAGACGACGACGAGCACACCUGCAAGCACACCAGGCAUCCCCAGCAGUCCCCAGGCCCAGCAAAGGCCGUCUCCCAGCACCCCAACGACUCCCACGUCGCACUCUUCGCUGAACUUCAACCACCAGCAGUCCCACACGUGGACUGGAGGUCAGGUCAGCGCAGCUUCCUGGGCGAAAGCUCCUGAUGCAAUGCACUAUACUUCUCCGCCUCCGCCGCCACCUUCUUCGACCAAAGGCUCGCCGUCCUCUUACGCCGCGUUGACUCAGCAGCCGCCGAACUUCUUAACUGGUACGACGAUCGGUGUCUGUCCUGAGCAUAUGCAGGGCAGGCCAAGUGGUGUCGAGUGUCCCAAGUGCGAGCUUAUCUUGGCGAGCAGCAGGCUUGCAGGUCCAGGUGGUCCUCUUGCGGGUAUCCACAGCAGAAACUCCUGCAAGACUCUCAAGUGUCCCAAGUGCAAUUGGCACUACAAGUACCAAGAGACUCUUGAGAUACAUAUGAAGGAGAAGCAUCCUGAAAGCGAGACUUCCUGCAUCUACUGCAUCGCCGGUCAGCCUCACCCCAGGUUAGCUCGCGGAGAAACUUACACUUGUGGGUACAAGCCCUACAGGUGCGAAGUUUGCAAUUAUUCCACUACUACCAAGGGGAAUCUAAGCAUUCAUAUGCAGAGCGACAAGCAUCUUAAUAAUAUGCAGGAGUUACAGCAGGGAGGCGGAGCUGUUGCAGCCGCUGCAGCCACUAGCAAUCCUUCCUCGUCUCAGGAGGCGCCGAUGCCCACGCGGAGUCCGCACCAUCAGAACCACAGUCCCCAUUUGAGCGGGCCUGCUGCCACUCAAGGCAAGCCCAAGCCGACUUUCAGGUGCGACGUCUGUAAUUAUGAGACUAAUGUCGCCAGGAAUCUCAGGAUACACAUGACCAGUGAGAAACACACGCACAAUAUGUUGGUGUUGCAGCAGAAUGUCAAGCACAUGCAGACUCUCUCUGCGCUUCAGUCUCAUCAUCAGCAGCAGCAGCAGCAACAGCAGCACCAUCAGCAGCAGCAGCAACAACAGCAGCAGCAACAGCAGCAGCAGCAAUUGGAGCAGUUACUGCAUUUAGGAGGGCUUGAUAAGCCCCAACAUGCUGAAGCUGCGCUUGCAGACAUGGCCUACAAUCAGGCGCUGCUGAUCCAGAUGAUGACUGGAGGACAACUGCCCCCUCAGCUCCCUCCCGAGCUUAUAGGAGGUAUGGCCAACAUGUCCGCGAUAGGGAACCUGGGAGGCGAUGUUGGAUUGUCUCCUGAGAGCAUGGAACCUCCUCCAGAGACUGCUGACCCGGAUCCUGCCCAACUUUAUCAGUGCUGUGUCUGCAAUAACUUCAGCAGUGACUCCCUGGAGGCUCUGGGGCACCAUCUGGCGGUUGAUAGGACCAGGACCAGGGAGGGGGAGAUUCUGGCUUUAGUGUCCGGAAACUUUGUGUGCAAGCUCUGUAAUUACAAGACUAACUUGAAGGCGAACUUCCAACUGCACUGCAAGACGGAUAAGCAUCUUCAGCGGCUGCAGCAUGUUAAUCAUGUCAAGGAGGGCGGGAUCAGGAACGAGUGGAAGUUGAAGUACUUGGCCUCUCCCACCAGCACGGCACAGUUGAGGUGUCAUGCUUGUGAUUAUUAUACUAACAGUGCGCAUAAGUUGGCUCUUCAUGCUUCCUCGCCGAGACAUGAAGCCGCCGCGUUGCUGCUCAGACACCUUGUUGAAGCCAGCUCUGGGGUUCAGUCGGUCGGCAAGAUCUACCACUGCGCCUUGUGCGGGUUCAACGCGAGACAUAGACUGCAUUUACUCCAACAUGUCAGGUCUUUUAAGCACUUGCAUAUGGAGCAGCUUCAUCAGAUGCACAGGAGGAAUACUAUUCAGAGCAACGAUCCCCCGCAUACUGAUAUUGGGGAUGUUUUUCAAGUUGUUGCUGAUCCUGAUGCACCUGCCAACCAGCAAACUAGUCCAACUACUCCUACUACACCGAAUCCCAGCAUUAAUCAUGAACGCCAAGAAGGCAGUGAGUGCGACAGCGAAGUAAAGCAAGAGCCAGACAACGACCAUGACCCGGACCAAGAUCCUGAGAACGAACCGGAGGAGGUGGUGUGUCCUCUGUGCACCUACCAACCGACCUCGAAAGAAGAGUUGAAGCAGCACUUGCAAAUAGCGCAUACGCAAGACCCGGACGAAAAAAUGGAAGUGAAAGAGGAACCCAGCCAAGACUUUAUCUGUCCUCUGUGCCAGGACGGCUUCAAAGACCGGCCAGCUUUGGAGAAGCACGUGAUGCAAAUCCAUUCGGUAAACACCGACGGACUUGCACGACUGCUCCUGCUAGUAGACCAGAGCCACUGGCUGAACAACAACCCAAGAAACACAUCAACCCCCGCAAUACCUCCCACAUCUCCAUCAACCACCAAGCAGAACGUUCCAUCCGAGGAAGAGAACGACCGAGCUCCAGAAGAAGUCGACGAGCUGACCCGCUGCAGCAUUUGCGGACGCUUGUGUCGUUCCUUGGAAGAACUGCAGCAGCACCACCGAGAAUCUCACCCGGCUGCCACACCAGCUUUGGCAGUCAGCGAGAAACACGUCUACAAAUACCGCUGCGGACAAUGCAGCCUGGCGUUCAAAACCCUGGACAAGUUGCAGCAGCACGCUCAGUACCACGCGAUCAGAGACUCGACCAAGUGCGCCCUCUGCGGCCGUUCCUUUCGUUCCAUUCAAGCUCUGCAGAAGCACAUUGAAGCAGCUCACGGGGAUUUGCAAGAAGACGCGAUCAACCAGUACAAACAAAGUCUUCUGCAAGCUCACCCUCUUCUUCAAGCCAUCACCGAGGAAGCCCUCAGACGUCAGGUCAGUCUAGCAGAAGAGCAAAACGCUGAAGAAGAAACUCGCGGUAGUGUCAGCGGAGUCGGAAAUGCCAGCGCUACCGGCGGAGAUGAAGACGAGAGCGACGCCAGCGACUCGUCCUCCAUGCACAAAGACCAGAGACUCAUGGAGGACUACUUGAACAGCCAAGCGAUGGCUGAAGAUUCCUACCAAUCGAACGACGCUGGUCGCAAAUUCAAGUGCCAUCGUUGCAAAGUAGCCUUUACUAGACAAAGCUACCUCACUGGACACAACAAGACUCUUCUUCAUCGCAAAGGCGAGAAGAUGACCUACCCAAUGGAGAAGUACCUCGACCCCAACAGACCCUACAAGUGUGACGUCUGCAAGGAAAGCUUCACGCAGAAGAAUAUCUUGCUGGUUCACUACAACAGUGUCAGCCACUUGCAUAAAUUGAAGCGCGCUGUUCAAGAACAGGGUAAUAAUAACACGAUAUCAGUUCCUCCAUCGAGUCCCACUGAUACGCCAGAUUCUCAGGUUGAUCAGGAUAAAAAACCCUAUAAGUGUAAUAUUUGCAAGGUUUCGUAUACCCAAAGCAGUACUUUGGACAUUCACAUGCGAAGUGUGCUGCAUCAAACCCGAACCAGCAAGAUUCCUGAUCUUGCUGCUAGUGGGCAGCUAGAUUUAGCGAGGCCUUUGAUUGAACAGCCGACUUUGAGUCCCGAAAGUCCGCCUUAUAGUGCGAAUAACAAUUCUGGGAGUAAUAAUAGUAAUGUUAUUUCUUGUGGAAGGUGUAAUGCUUCGUUUGUGAAUCAGGAACAAUUGGUGACACAUCAGCAGCUUUAUUGUAUGUUCAGUAGUCCUUUAGCGUUGUUCCAACAAUUGGCGGCGACUCAGCAAUUGGCUGAGAAUGCGCAAAAUACCGCGGGGCAGCAAAUUGCGCAGCAGGUCACUCAGCAGCAGCAUCAGAAUCAGGCUCAGGAUAUUCUUUCGCAGCCUAGGCACAAGACUUCGCAGAUGUACAAGCAUUUGUUGGAGAGUUUUGGGUUUGAUUUGGUGAUGCAGUUCAAUGAGAAUCAUCAGAGAAGGCAGAGGAAAGAGGAGGAGGCUGCUGCUGCGCUUCAGGCUCAGCAGGAGCAGCAGAAACAGGAGCAGCAGAAGCAGGCACUUGCUGCCCAGCAACAGAUGCAGCAAGCUAGUGCUCAGGAAAGGGAUGAAGAUGAAGAUGGUGAAGAAGAAGCGAUUCCUGAACUGACUCGCAGCACUUGUCAGCAUUGCAAUAAAGAGUUUAGUAGUGUUUGGGUGCUGAAGGCACAUUGUGAAGAAGUUCAUAGAGAUCUGGUGCCUAGAGAGUUUCUGGAGAAGUACGCGCAGCAGUUCAAGUGUGAAUAUGAGAAAAAGAGCGUUGUUGUGACUGCUGCGACGUCCUCGUCGACGAACACCGCGCCUAGAAGUUCAACACCUGCCAAUGCGAACAAUCAGGGCCAGCAAUUGCCCCAGGAUUUGAGUUCUGAUAGAGAAAAGGACAAGAAGGACAAAGAGAGGGAGAAAGAUAAGGAUAAGGAGGAUAGGGAGAAGGACAAGGAGGAGAAAGAAAGAGGUAGAGGAACUCCUGAAGCUUCGUCUACGACUCCAGCGACUACACCUGCGCUGUCUAACACUCCGGUUUCUAGUACUGAUUCAACGGGACAGGCCAAUGCGCACCAUGGAGUUCAGCAGCAUCCUCAGUUACAAUUGUCUCAGCAACAGCUCAAUGAUAUGCAAGCUGCAGCGUUUAUGGCUGCUUCUCAACUUCAACAUUUACAACAGUAUCCACAAUUGAUGAUGGGCAUGAUGGGAUUGCCGUUUAAUUUGGCAGCGAUGAAUUUACAACCACCGUUAGUACCCAUGAUGCUUCCUCCACCGCCGUAUGAUGGCGCUGCGCCGCCAUAUCCCGCGAUUAAUCCACAAGCUGAUAUUCUUGCCAAGCAACAUUUACUUCAGCAGCAGCAACAACAAGCUGCGGCAAACGCAGCAUCUCAAAAGCGCGCCCGAACCCGGAUAACCGACGACCAACUGAAGAUCCUCCGAGCUCACUUCGACAUAAACAACUCCCCCGGUGAAGAGCAAAUAAUGGAGAUGGCUGCUCAGAGUGGGCUUUUACCAAAAGUAAUCAAGCACUGGUUCCGUAACACGCUCUUCAAAGAGCGCCAGCGUAACAAAGACAGCCCCUACAACUUCAACAACCCGCCAUGUACAACCUUAAACCUAGAAGAGUACGAAAAAACCGGCGAAGCCAAAGUAACACCCUUGAACUCAAGCGGAAACUCCGGAGCGAGUUCCUCUGACGACAAAAGCCCGAACAAGCAAUCAGCAUCACCACCAGCGAUCUCUAUUCCGUCUACCGCAACGUCAACUGCAAUCUCAACAGCGCCUAUCACCGAGAUAAAGCAGGAGCCGAUCAGCGAGCCGAUGCUCAGCCACCAACUGCACCAACAAUUGCAGGCUCAACAGUUAGACGAAUCCCAUCAUUCUCCAGGGAGUUCCGGAGACCAGCAGUCAAGGCCUCACUCUCCAGCGCUCAGCAUGAGCUCAGUGUUCUCUGGUCUCCACCACGACCUGUCCUCACACAUGCCUUCGACAACCAGCGCCCCAAUGCUCCCGCCAAAGUUAACGCCGCAGAAUUUCGCAAGCCCAAACUCCGGGCUCGCCGGAACGAUUCCGACCUCGAUGUCCGGCGCCCUUUCUCUGACACCUCAGCGAUCGAUCAGUCCCGGGCGUAAUCCCACGGAUUUUUCCUUCAGCGGCAACAGCAACGGCAGCAACUCCUCAAGCAGUUCUGGAAAAAGAGCAAACCGAACUAGGUUCACAGAUUACCAGAUAAAAGUCCUCCAGGAGUUCUUUGAGAACAACGCCUACCCAAAGGACGACGACCUGGAGUACCUAAGCAAGCUCCUGGGUCUUAGUCCCCGAGUGAUCGUCGUUUGGUUCCAAAACGCCCGACAGAAGGCCCGCAAGGUCUACGAAAAUCAACCAGCGGCCGAACCAGUCACUCCAGGAGGAAACCGCGAGGUCGAUGACGGUUCCGGGAGGUUCCAACGCACUCCCGGACUCAAUUAUCAGUGCAAAAAGUGUCUGCUAGUGUUCCAACGAUACUAUGAACUGAUCCGUCAUCAAAAGACCCACUGCUUCAAAGAGGAGGAUGCUAAAAGAAGUGCCCAGGCUCAAGCAGCCGCUGCUCAAGUUGCCGCUGUUCUAAGUUCCGAAGACAGUAAUAGCAGUUCGACCACGACGACAAACGCCGUGCCAAACAACCCAUCUAACGUUCCAAUUCUCACCGACCAGCUUCAACAGCCUCUGAACACUCCCACCCCGCCGCAUCUGCAGCCGACUCCCUCAGUUCAAAGUCCGCAGAGUCAGCAACAGCAGAAUCAAAACCAAAACCAAAACCAGCAGCCAAACCCCCAAGUAGAAGUUAAAGAGGAAAAUUUUCAGUGCGACAAGUGUAAUUUGAUGUUCAGUCGGUUUGAACUUUGGCGCGAGCACCAGUUGGUACAUAUCAUGAACCCAUCGCUUUUUCCGGCCUCUUACGCGCCUGACUCAGCUUUUGGGAUUCUUCAACAGCAAGCUCUGAACGCCACCUCUGGCUCUGAUCUACAGCAGCAUCCUCUGUUGGCGAUGAUGCAAGACCGGAAGAGGAAGUUUGACGACUAUGAUGACAGUAUUGUUGGAAAUGAGAGUCGUAGUAAUUCUGAGCACAGUGAGCAGCCUAAAGACAAGCGGCUGAGAACGACCAUCUUGCCGGAGCAGCUGGACUACCUUUACCAGAAGUACCAGAUCGAGUCGAAUCCCUCGAGGAAGAUGCUAGAGACGAUAGCUCGUGAGGUGAAUCUUAAGAAACGCGUUGUUCAAGUGUGGUUUCAAAAUACUCGAGCUAGAGAACGCAAGGGACAGUUUCGCGCUCAUAGCCAGGUCAUCAACAAAAGGUGUCCCUUUUGUCCCGCACUUUUCAAAGUAAAGUCCGCACUUGAGUCCCAUCUUAGCAGUAAACACGCUGAUCAAGUCGCGAGGGGUGAAGUUAAUAUUGACAACAUUCCCGAUGAAGAACUGUCGAUGGACUCGGCUCCUUCGAAUCCGAGCACGCCCAGCUUGAUGCCGCCGCUGUUCUCGGCGUUCAACAACGAGCUGGACACCUCAAUUAUCAAGAGGCUCUAUGAGGAGUCCAUGAAGAGCUACAUGAGCGAGCUCACCGCUCACACCUCCAACGGCCGCCCUGAAACUGCAGUUACUCAGGGAAUGAGCAACAGCAAUGCCAAUACUGCCACCGGAGAGUCUCCUUUGGACUUGAGCAAGCCCGUAGACCUCAGCCGGUCCAUGAAAUUCAGUCUCACCGGGCUGAGUAGUCUUCUGGAAGAGCAGCAGAGUGGUGUUCCUUCGCACUUUCGCGGUGGGAGCGACUGCGGGCCGCUUACGGACUUGUCCGAGCGCAGCAUUUGUGACGACGACAGCAUGAGCGAAACUACCGAAUUCCUGGAUGACGAAAGCGGGCCUCCCAGCCCGGCGUCCAGCACUCAAAGCUCGAGACACGGCAACGCUACGACACCUAGCGGAAUUACCACUCCCACUGGUUUACCCGGGAGUGGGGGCAAUGCCAGCGGAGGAAACGGAACCGGAAGCAACUCUAACGCCGGCGGGCAAUCUGGGGGAAAGCGGUACCGGACUCAAAUGUCCGCGACUCAAGUUAAAGUUAUGAAGUCUCUGUUUUCGGACUACAAAACUCCGACGAUGGCCGAGUGCGAGAUGCUGGGACGCGAGAUCGGGCUUCCAAAGCGUGUGGUCCAGGUAUGGUUCCAGAACGCACGCGCAAAGGAGAAGAAAGCUCGCCUCGCGGCAGGCCUCCCGGCAGAGGGAUCCACCGUCCAGCCGCACCGCGGCCCGACUGGCCCUGACGAGUGCAGACUAUGUUCCGUCAGGUACUCACCCAAGUCACCACUGCAAGAGCACGUUUUUUCUAAGCGACACAUCGAAGCCGUGAGGCUCGCUGUUGAAGAUGGCUCUCUGGUCCCGCCCACACCCGGCGCUCCGAUCUCUCUUGGAAACGUCGCAACCUCCGCACAACACACCGCCGGACAGAAUCAGCAGACCAGCGAGGAGAACAUGAUGUACGGAGCCCUUUUUCUCCAUCCUACGGCGAUGUUUCAGGGGCAGCAACACCAGGCCACUACUACCGGGGCCAACACCGCUACCACCACCCCCGGUGAGUGUCUGGCUGACCUCUUAGACUCGUAAACAAUUUAAUAUUUAUAUCACAUGCAUAUAUAUUCAUUCGAUUAUUAAUAUUAUUAAUGAGUAAAAAAAAUAGGUAGUUUAUUAUUAUUGAGUAAUUAAUAUUUUUAAGAUGAUAAUUAUAAUUAUAAUUGUCGCAGUUAUCGCGUGCACGCCCAAUGCUUUUUAUCCAGCAUUUUUAUUUUUAAUUUAAAAAUUUUUUGACGCGAUUUUUUGGUUAACAAAAGUGUGCGCGCGGUUACUUGCAUCUGCAUUAAUUAUGCACGUAUAAAUAUAUAUGAAUCGUUAUUAUUCAUUGUCUGAUUAUUAUUAUUAUUUUGAAAAAAUGUAUACUAAUUACUACAUUUAUUUAUUGGACCCGUGUGAUAAUCUAGUGGGUCCAAUUUUUUUUUUGGUUAAUAAUUAGACUCAGCUCAUUUAUUAUAAUAAUUAUUAUUAUAUACUACAACUAUAGAUAAAUAAUGUAUGACGAGUGAUUUAAUUAUACGAGUGCUUAAGAGCAAUAAUUAUAAAAAUUAUUUUAAAUAUAUAUAUAUAUAUAGAUAUAUAUGAUUAAAAAAAAAUUUUUUUUUUCUGGAGUAAUUAUAAUAAGUUUAAUUACAUUAAUAUAAAUAAUUUGAGAGAGUUUAUAAUAAUUUAUAAACUCUGAUGGUCGCUGCCGAUUUUAGAGCUUAGAUAAUUACGCAAGUUUAUUAAAUAUCGCCUGUACAGUAAAGACUUUUAAGUAGGACUAGAUAAUUAUGAAUUCAUUGAUUAAUUAUUAAUUAAUUAUUAAUUAGCGACUUUUUAUUAACGCGGCUUUAGGCGACCGUGAAACUUUUUUUUUUAAAUAAAUUUAUAAACAAAUAUAUAAAUAUAAAUAUAUAUAUGAACAUUAAUAUGAGUAUGAUUAUUAUUAUUAUUAUUAUUAUUAUUAUUAUAUAGUAUAGCGAAUAAAUAAAUAUAAAGAACUGGAGAACGGACUAGAUUGCCUUUGUUUAAUUUUAUUAUUAUUAAUUUUUAAUUUUUUAUUUUUAAGUAGCAAAAAUAUUUUUUUUUUUUCAUCUCAUCACUGUCACAAUAACUCAAGCCAUUCCAAUGACUGUGUCAUCUCUGCUGGUUUUUGUAGAGACCCUUUACACACAUGGAAUAAACGAGACACUGUAAAUACCUCGUAACCUUCUCAUUUUUAUUUUUUAUUAUUUUAUUUUAUUAAACUUAGUCAGUUCUUUAUCUUAGAUUCCUCCUCUUUCUCUCUCUCGGCGUUUAUUUUUAUGUAUCAGGGUUACUUGAGAGCCGGGCCCAUCGUCGCAUUCGAUUGGGCCGAUAAAAUCCCCACAUAAGACACAGCACACAUGAACACACCCCCCAGUGUGCGCCAGUAUGUGUGAAUCGACUCCAGUCCGCCCACGGGGGUACGCGACCCUCGGUAUUUAAAUCCGCGAUCCAAAAGAGAGAGAGAGAGCUCACUAUAAAUAUGCGCACGCGUCUUUCUAUUUAGUACUACCAUUCUACAAUCUUAAAUCUAAAAUCUACAAUCAACAAUCGACAAUCUGUAUUUUACAUUACUGCAUUACAUUUUAAUAAAAUAAUAAUAACAAACUUAUUGAUUAAUAAAUAAUACAAUAAACAUUAUUUUUCCGCCAUUACAAUUUAUUAGCACUCACAAUAGACUUUUUAAUCAUCAUCAUUAUUCAUUAUUUUAUUAGUUACAUCUCUUGUGAUUAUUAUUAAUUCAAGUGCCUCAUAUUUUAUUAUUUUAUUAUUAUCAGUCGACGUAUAUUCAAUUUUUUAAUGUAAAAAAUUUUUUUUUUUAUUUUUAAAUCGUAAAUACAGAGAAAUAACAAGAUAAUACUGGAUAUAAUCCCAGAUUAUACUCAGUGAUACCUGGAUUAUACUCAUUGUAAUUUGGAUUAUACUAGCUACUAUCUGAAAUUUU